AUGCCUGAAAAGGUUAAUCGCAGUCCAAGAAUCUCAUUUUCUCAAGAUUUUUGCCACUCCGAAUCCAUACCGAUCGAGCAAAGCCCAUUACGACCUCCGUCGGAAUCUUCCAGCCAUCAUUCCGGUUUCAAAUUCGAUUUAUCCAUUCCCGGCGGCGUAAUCACCGGCGAGAGCUCCUGCUCCGCCGAAGAAUUAUUCUACGACGGAAAAAUCCUCCCUACAGAAAUCAAAAAGAGCCCCGAACCGGAGAAAGAAGAUACCGGUUCAAUCAAACCGGAGACGAAUCCAAUCGGAGAUAUUAAACCGGUUGUGGAAAUUGAAGAAACCGGUGAAGCAAAAACCGUUACGAAGUCGUUUUCCGUUUCUUCAUCGGGUCGACCCAAACCGGAAACGAAUCCAAUCAGAGAUGUUAAACCGGUUCACGAGAUAGAAGAAAUCGAGGGAGAAGAAGAUAAGAUAUCUACGAUUAAAGAAAAACCUAAGAAGAAGAAGAGGGCGGUUUUAUGGUUUGAUAGAAGCAGCAGUCUUCCUUACGAAGCUAGAUUGCCAUUACUUUCAAAGAACUCGACCGGUUCGAAUUCUAAACCGACAGAAACGAUGGAGCUUGAGGUUUCGUCUUCUUCUUCAAAAUGUAGUUUGCAGAAGCAGCCAUUGAAGAAGAAGGAUAAUGGAGGUUACAGUUACGGCGGUAAUGGAGGCGAGAUUAGGGUGAGUUCGUGUCUGGAUGUGAUUCCGUCGGGGAAUUUUUUUGGUUUGGGAUCGAUAGUUUUCGGCAGUGGAAGUGACAAGAACAAGAAGAGAUCAAUGAUAUUUUGUUGGUAA